UCAAAAACGCUGCUAUGGCCGGAGGAAAAUCCAAGAGCAAGGCCUCCAAGAAGAAGACCGCCGCUGAGGCCACAAGCUCUGCGCCUCAACCCUUCCCGUACCUGGACGGAUCCUUCUUGGAGUUCGGGUCAGUAGAGGAACUCUCUCGCUUCAUCACCCACUUCGCCAAGCGCCCCAUCUCUCCGCCAAGGGUGCUACCUGAGCUAUACCCUCAACAGAAGGGUUACUACGACCUUGACAAUCAACUCAAGGAGUCGGGUCUGUGGCCCUUCGUCUCCCGUAGUCGCACCUCCUUCAAUCCCGCCUACGUUCGGGCUUUCUACUCCAAUCUCCGCCGGGACGGGGACACUAUUCGCAGCAGCAUCAAUCUCGUGGACUUCGAGUUUGGUGGCGAUGAUUGGAUCCUCAACAACGAGGCGGUGGUCAUCCGAGAGCUGGGAAUCACCAACCUUGUCCGUCACAGCGGCGCACCAACCAUUCACUCAGCCCCGCCGGAGAAGCGCCUUCUACUCUACAUCCUCACCCGGAUUCUUCGCCCCCGGGACAGUAGCCACACGUGUCUCUUCAACGAGGAUCUCAAGGCCGUUCAUGCAAUCACCCAUGGUGCCUCGAUCAAUUGGGCGAAAUACGUCAUGAUCCACAUGGAAGAUUGCGCCUCAAUCGCCACCGAAAGGAGUUUGCCCUACGCCUUCCUCGUCAUGGAUCUCAUUGUCGCGGCCGAAAUCCACAUCGCCGGCCCGGACACGAAGAUGACAAAGAUUUUGAUCAUCCAAGAUAGCACCUUCCGGAAGAAGUCCGGAGACCAAGACGGCGCCGGCCCAAGUCUGGAUGGCAUGGGGCAGUCAAUCGAGCGGAUGGAUUGGACACUGCAACGUCAACACCAUGACAUGACGGCGUUCUUCUGUGGCAUCAACUACGUCCCGCCGCCCUUUGACAGCACCAUCCUCGGCCAAAACUAUGAAGGCGAGGACGAGGAAGAUGCCUCCUAUGCUCCGUCCUCCUCCCCCGACGAGGCCGAUUUUGAGGACGCGGUCGACGGGGAUCCCAUGGACGUUGAGGACGACGAAGAAGACGAUGACGCCAAUGCCUAGACUCUUCUUUCUUUUCCUUCCUUACUAUGAUUGUCUUUUUCUUAUAUUAUUUCCAUUCCGUUGUAUUCCGCAUUUUCUCCUUUUUAAUGAAUAAAUGUUUACUUUUAUACUCUAAAGUUCACUUUUAAUUCUUUUUGUUAAUGUCAAAAGGGGGAAGAUAUCAAGGUUAUGCAUAAAUUGAGGGGGAAUUA